AGACUAAGGGAUAUAGGCCUCAACCUAGACCUUAAAAAAUAUAUAUUCGUAAUAAAGGAAGUCAAGUAUCUAGGGUAUAUCGUAAAGGUAGAGGUCUAUAUCCGUCCUAACCCUAAGAAGAUUAAGGCUAUCUAUAACUUCCUAAGAUUCGCCAAUUUCUAUCACGACUUUAUCCCCAACUUCUCUAAAAAGGCAGCCCUACUAAUACGCUUUACCUAUAAGAAUGCCCUAUUCCACUAG